AAUUUCCGUAAUCAUGGCACCACGAGAAGGACGCGACAACCGCGCGGGGCAGCAGUCAACGACAGUGACGACGACGACACCGACGACGACGAACAAGAAGGCGGGGCCCACGGCGCCGCUCACGCCGGAGCAGGCUGCGGCAAAGAAGCUUCAGAAAGAAGCGAGCCAGCAAUAUGGACGAGGCCAGGCAGUACAACUGCGCGGCAUCAAGGACAAAAAGCUGCGCGGAGUGGUCAGGGCCCAGGAGGAGCGGCUCAAGGAUGCUGUGCUGAGGGCCAAGGCUGCCGAGAUCCUGCUCGAGAACGACUCGGGAUUCCUUGAACCGGAGCACGAGCUGGAGAGGACGUACAAGGCGCGUCAAGAUGAUAUUCGUGGCGCUGUCGGCGUGGAGACGGCGAAGAAAGGGUUUGAGCUGAAACUCACUGAGCUGGGUCCGUACACCUUCACAUACUCACGUAAUGGCAAGGAACUCGCUCUAGCUGGGCGCAAAGGCCAUGUAGCGUCCAUGGACUGGAGAAGCGGCAAGCUCAACUACGAGCUCCAUCUGGGCGAGACCGUCCACGCUGUGACGUAUCUGCACAACAGUCAGUACCUCGCUGUCGCGCAGAAGAAGAAUGUGUACAUCUACGAUCAUCACGGCGUCGAGAUACACAAUCUGGAUCAGCAUAUCGAUGUCACACACAUGGAGUUCUUGCCGUAUCACUACCUGCUGGCCACCAUUGGAAGAGCGGGCUGGCUGAAGUGGCAAGAUACGAGCACGGGCAAGCUCGUUAUGCAUAUGAGCACCAAGCAGAAGACGCCCACUGCAUUUGCGCAGAAUCCACACAACGCGAUUCUGAAUGUUGGACACCAAAAUGGUACUGUCACCAUGUGGUCCCCUAACAGUACUGCGCCGUUGGUCUCGAUGCUCGCACACCGCGGUCCCGUAUCAGCCAUCGCAAUUGAUCGCGAAGGAAAGUAUAUGGUCAGCACUGGCCUCGACAAAAAGAUGUCGGUCUGGGACGUGCGUAAUACCAAACCAGUGCACGAGUAUUUUCUGCGCACUCCCGGUUCCAGUGUGGCCAUCAGCGAUCGGGACCUCACAGCCGUGGGUUGGGGCACGCAAGCCACGGUGUGGAAGGGCCUGUUCACGAAGAAUCAUGCCGAUGUGGAGCAGGUCAAGGUGCAAUCACCGUACAUGGCUUGGGGUGCACAGAACCAAGCGGUCGAAAGAGUUCGCUGGUGUCCCUUUGAAGAUAUUCUUGGAAUUGGACACGACCAAGGAUUCUCGUCCAUCAUUGUCCCGGGUGCAGGCGAAGCGAACUUUGACGCUCUCGAACUGAACCCGUACGAGAAUACCAAGCAGCGACAGGAAGCUGAAGUCAAGUCUCUGCUCAAUAAACUGCAGCCAGAAAUGAUUGGACUCGAUCCGAAUGCCAUUGGCACUCUCGAUAGUGCGUCACAUGAGCAAAGACAACGCGAGAAGGAUCUCGAUCGCAAAACAGGCGCUGAGGCGGAGAAGGAGCGUAUCGAAAACCUCUCAAAAAGAGGCAGGGGUCGUAAUAGCUCUCUUAGGAAGUUGGCCCGCAAGAAGGGUAACAAGGGAAUCAUCGAUGAGCAUAGGAUGAAAGUCAUUGAGUUGCGAGAAAGGCAAAGGAAGCAGGCAAAAGAAGCGAGUCAAGGGAAAGCACAGGAAGAACUGGGCACUCUCGCCAGAUUCGUCCGAAAGGGCACUUGACGGAGACAGAGCUCGACCACUCACCAAGAAUCUUCCAGGUGCGUCAAAUCCCGGUCAACACAUUGAAGUCAGAUCACCCUAUCGACGUUGCCCAGUCGGCUGGGUCGGUCAUUUCGUGCAGACUCUUGGGACAAAGACACUGGUUGCCCAUGUGUGUGAUAUUACACAUUGUUGUCGUGUGCACACAUCUAAAAGUUCAAAGCCAGCGUAAGCACCGGCGCAGGAUUGAUACCUUACACAAGCCCGUGAACUUGAGCAGCCAAGAACGCCACUUGACCUUGAAGCCAAUCUCCUCAGGACAGCAGCAUAUCAGAUACAAUCUGCCGGCUUCUUCAAAUCUUUUGUACUCUCCACACUCUCUCUGCCGAUUCUCUCCGCAUGAUGCGUCGCGUGCUCAAUGCUUCCGCGGGUUCCACCAUUGGAAACUGGUAGGUGCUGUCCACGCUCGAAGUCCGUCUCUUGAGCUCGCACCUGAAUGUUUGACUUAUCUACAAGUUCGGUAGCACCCAAUUGCUCGGUAGUACUAUUAUCGCCCAUCGAUUGGUAGGGAUUUUUCAAAGAAGUUCCGCCACGGGUUGUCGGCCGAGAGAAUUUCCUCAUGGAGAAAGCAGAUCUACUGCCUCCUCCAGAAGCUGAUCUACCCCAGCUUCUGUCUGUCGACGUCGGAUGAGAUCGGCUACCUCCUAGAGAGGUGGCUUUGAGAAGUCGAGGCACGAGCAAUCGGAUCGUCGGUAGACACGAAGCGAUAAUCGCCGUGUUCAUCUCGGCGCUUGACCAUAUGGCGGCCAAAGGAUUAUGCCUAAGAGUAGCGGGUCGAAGAAGGGUCAGUUAAUAUCUCCGAAAAUAUGGACCUGUUUCAGCAAGGUCUAUCUGCAAGCUCAGCACUAGCGCGUGAGAUUCGUGCGACAUGGGAGGAGGAGGAAAGCCGAUGAUCUGCCUGGGAAUUGCUUUCUUGACCUACCAGCUGACGUCUUCGGCAUUUGCGAUCACGUAUAGGCUCUGGAGACGCAGAAUGGAGAGGAUACCUAUCACACGUUGGAACAUGAUCUUCACAUAGGUGUCUGCCAUGGUAAUGUCCCACUUACAAGUCAUCAAGCCGAGGGUGAAGACGAACAUCAGCGCAUACUUUUGACGUUUUGGUAGCUCCAGCUUGUUGAGCACAGGCAGGGGAAAGAUAGUCGUGGCAAUGUCUGUAGCCUGCAAGAAUCAUCGGGGGGAGAAAACGGGUCAGCAAGGGCCCUGAUAUCCAUCUUUUCUGAGUGUUACGCCUUGGCAGGCUCCAGUGUAGUGAAAUGGUAUUACUGCUCAAACUUACCAUGUUCAUG